AAGAAACAAAAAUAAAAAAAAAAAGAUCGAAAACCUCCUAUUUAGAUAUUAGGGUUUUCGCUCCCCCCGUCUCCAAAUAAAUCUCUCUCUCUCUCUCUCUCUCUCUCUCUCUCUCUCUCUUGUUCCUCUCCUCGCCACCGCCACCGCUCCUGCUCCUGCUCCUGCUUUUGUCCCCUCCCUCUUCUUCUCGCGAUCUACUGGUGUUUAUAAUGGCGUUGCCGAAUCAGCAAACGGUCGAUUACCCUAGCUUCAAGCUCGUGUUGGUCGGCGAUGGAGGAACUGGUAAAACCACAUUUGUUAAGAGGCAUCUCACUGGAGAGUUCGAGAAGAAGUACGAACCUACCAUUGGUGUUGAAGUUCAUCCAUUGGACUUCUUCACCAAUUGUGGGAAGAUCCGGUUUUAUUGCUGGGAUACAGCUGGUCAGGAAAAGUUUGGUGGCCUUAGGGAUGGAUACUACAUCCACGGCCAGUGUGCUAUAAUAAUGUUCGACGUGACUGCAAGAUUGACGUACAAAAAUGUUCCAACUUGGCACCGUGAUUUGUGCAGGGUCUGCGAAAACAUCCCAAUUGUGCUUUGUGGUAACAAAGUUGAUGUGAAGAAUAGGCAGGUCAAAGCAAAGCAAGUUACCUUCCACAGGAAGAAGAACCUGCAAUACUACGAGAUUUCAGCAAAGAGCAAUUACAACUUCGAGAAGCCCUUCUUGUAUCUUGCUAGGAAACUUUCUGGGGAUCCGAAUCUUCACUUUGUCGAAUCCCCUGCUCUUGCUCCUCCAGAGGUGCAUAUCGACUUGGUUGCCCAGCAGCAGUACGAAGCGGAAAUUGCGGCCGCCGCCGCGCAGCCUCUUCCUGACGACGACGAUGAUCUCAUUGAUUAACUUAAGUCCGCCUUUUUCCAUUCGUCGCAAUGUGGUGAGGUUUGCUCAGAGUAAUAUAAUCGGGGUAUGUUUCGGUGGAGAUCUUGUCUUUGGGACAAUGUUAGACUUUAGUAGCCGGCCUGUGAGUUUGUUGGACUCCUACUAUGCGGAGAAGUGUUAUAGAUGAUCUUUCGCUCAUUUCAUUGGAGCAGUAUACAUUCCUUUUCAUGAAUUUGUUUAAUUGGUGCUGUGCUUCAGUUGGCAGAGUUGUUUGUUUGAUUUCUGGGAAAUUGUUGUUUUCUGGUUUGCUCUUUA